UCAUGAGCUGAUUCGAGAGAAAAAGGGAGCUCUCCGAAACCCAUCAAGAUUAUGAGCGAACAACAACAAGAAGAAGAAGAAGAAAGCUCAAUGAGUGUGAGAAGGAAUCUAUCAAGUUUCCUAAAAAUCGUAUCUUCUUACAACUCCAAUGUCCUCUUAGCUGCUCUCGUCUUCCUUCUCUUAGUCGUCCUCUUCGUCUUGCUCCUCCAUUUCUACGCUCGCUUUUUCUGGUCACACUCCGACGAAUUAGAAUUCUCCGCCGCUCGACGCCGCCGUAGAAGAAGAAGAAACCGGAGACGAUCCGUCACAACGACAAGAAUCAUACCUUCUGUUCCUCUGGGAGGUUUCGAUGGUGGAGUUUCUGCAACAAGCGAUGACAAAGGUUUGGAUUCUUCAGUGAUUUCUUCGAUUCCUCUGUUCGUUUACGAAGACGAAGAGAAAGGUAAAGAAGAGGAAGAAGAAGAAGAAGAGGAGUGUGUGAUAUGUCUGGGUUUGUGGGAAGUGGGAGAUUUCGGAAGAAAGUUGAGAAAUUGCGGUCAUGGGUUUCACGUGGAGUGUAUAGAUAUGUGGUUGUCUUCUCAUUCUACUUGCCCUCUCUGUCGAUCCCCUGUUCUCGCCGCCUCCUCUGAUGAAGACAACCUCAAGCCGGCGGAAGAAGAAGAAGAAGAAGAAGCAGAGGUUAGACUUGCACUGUUUCAAGCGGGAGAAUAUGAGAACGUCGCCGCCGAGAACCUCAGAGGAUUUUCACAGUCUCUUGCUGUGACGGAAGAUAAUUUGAAAACAGAGGUUGACGACGGAGACGGAAACGGCGUCGGAGAAGGAGAGGUUAGAAUUGAAGUGUUUGAUGAGGAGAUCAACGGCGGAGGUGAUCGGAGAUCAACGUCAUCAGUGACGUCAUCAGCAUCGAGUUCGUUGAAGAGGAUGUUGAGUAGUAGAAGUAGAUCGGAGUGUAGCAAAGUGUUCCCGUCGGCGACGCAAGAUUCGUCUUCGUAAGAACUUAAUAUAUAAAUAAAUAAAAAAUCUUGUGAACAAUUUUGGAAAUGGAAUAUGAAUAACCAAAAGAGGUAAUCUAUUUUGAUUAAGCUUUGGUUGAAGCUCAUGAUCAUGAUUACGACGUGACUUUUGUCGAUGUCAUCAAAGACUUCUGCAACUAUAAAAUGCAAAAUCGAA